AUGGCAUCUACAAACUAUGGGAACAACUAUGGUGCUCGAUCCAAGACGAUUGAAGUGCCUUUGCAACAUGAACAAGUGUUGGAAGUCGUCUGCAAUGAUUUGCCUACCAAUCCAACCGAGCUGACAGACAUCUUUCGCCAAGAAAGCGUUGGCUUGCCCUACUAUCGUAUGCUUGCGAUUGAAUACUACGAGCAAGACAAGAUUGAGCAGAGCAUCAGUGUGGUCCAAGCUGGUCUAACAACUGCGAGUCAAUCACCACAUACGACACCUCGACAAAAGCUACCUCUACUGACCUUGAUUGCCACGCUUUACAUGCGUCUUGCGAAGAAGGAAACCGACAACACGCAACGCCAAAAGUACCUCGAAGACGCUACACAAUCCAUCAACGCAGCUGACCGCAUCUACAACCAGUAUGAGCCCACUUUUGUCGUUAAGGGUAAUCUUUACAUCCUGCUCAAAAAAGUCGAUGAUGCCUCUCGUUCAUUCAACAUGGUGCUGGAAAAGAGACCCAACUGCAUCCCUGCUCUGUUGGGUAGAGCCAAGAUCCAAUACCAUCUGCAACACUACAAGAAUGCGCUCAAAACCUACCAAACUGCUCUCAAGUAUUCUCGAGGCAAGUUUUCGGGCGUCGAGAUUCGAUUAGGCAUUGCUCAGUGCUUUGCUCAAUUGAAGAUGUACACGGAAGCCAAAGCUGCCUUGAAGCGAUGCAUUGAUGUCAGUCCAGUGCCCAACGCUACAGCACUCAUCAUGCUGGCUAUCAUUGAGUUGAACGAAUCGAAAUCAGUCGACAGUGGACUCGUUCAGCAAGAGACAGCUUUACGCCACGGUCUUCAACACAUGCAAAAAGCGCACAUUGUCAACAAGAAGCACCCCGCAGUACUCAACAUGAUGGCAAACCACUUCUUCUUGACCCGUGAUUUUGAAAAAACCAUGACAUCUGCUUCGAGAGCCUUGCAGAACGCUUCCAACGAUGUGAUGAAGGCAGAAGCGUCCUAUCAGAUUGCUAGAGCGCACCACCAAAUGCAGGAAUUCGACAAUGCCUACAAAUUCUACGCACAAGCACUUGAGCUCAACCCGCACCAUACAUUAGCACAAUUCGGUAUGGGCCAAAUGCAAUUGAAAAAGGGCGAAAACAAUGCAGCCAUCGAGAUAUUCGAGAAACUACAUAAAGCAGAGCCUGAAUGCGUGGAGAUCAUGAAGGUCUUGGGUUCGCUGUAUGGUUUGUCUGGAAAGAAGGAGAAAUCGCUCGCCUUGUUUAGCAAAUUGCUGGAAAAUGCCAACGACGAUCCUCUGCUGGCUAUUGAGAUUGCUGAAAUGUACGAAGAAAAAGACAGUGCCAAAUCAUUGAAAUACUACGAGCAAUCGCUCGCUUUGCUGGAGCAUUUGCCCGCAGACGAUCUGGUAGCUCAAGAUCGAGUCAAGGAUAUCAAGCCUGAACUGCUCAACAACAUUGCUGUGAUGCAUCAGAAGCUAGGCAACCUGAACGACGCUGAAAACUACUACAGUCUUGCUAUCAAAGAAGGCGAAUCCAGUGUGGGUACUGAAAAGAAUCUCAAACUGACCAUGAGCUACAACUUGGCUCGACUCUACGAAGAACGAUUAGAGACUGAAAAGGCAGUGUCUAUCUACAAGAAACUGGUGGAAGACUAUCCUGGAUAUACGGAUGCUCACUUAAGAUUGGGUGCGAUAGAGCAAUCCCUUGGCAGAUCCGCAGAUUCUAUAGAGUACUAUAAAGAAGUGUUUGACACAGAAGCCAACGAUGCUAAAGCAUGGAUCAUGAUUGGACAAGCACAGGCAACGGAUUCCGAGAAACUGAGCAAGAGAUCCUACGAGAAAGUGCUCAAGGAUUGCGACAAGAACGAUCUCUACACACAUGUUGCUCUCGGUAAUUAUCACGCCGCCACAGCAAGAGAACUCAAGGGCGACAAGUCAAAGCAGGCUCGUGCGGAUGCCUACAAACUGGCGGUCAAUUUCUACUCACAAGCACUGAGACGUGACCCCAAUAAUGCUUAUGCUGCCAAUGGUUUGGCCAUCAUCAUUGCUGAGAAUGGACAUCAUGAGCAAGCGAGAGAUUUGUUCAAUCAGGUGCGUGAAGCUGCUGUCAACAAUGCCAGUGUGUGGGUCAAUUUGGCUCAUGUCUAUGUUGAGCUGAAGCUGUACAAGCAAGCGAUUGUCAUGUACGAAAAUGCCCUCAAGAAAUUCUUCAACAACAAGGAUACCAAUCUGUUGCUAUGUCUUGCAAGAACUCAAUUCAUCCUCUCCAAGGUUGACAAGGACCCCGAGAUCAUGUAUCAAUCACUGAAAAGCACAGAAAAAGCAUUCCACAUUGCACCCUCUGAUAAAACCACACAGUACAAUAUGGCUCUUGUGCAGCAAUCCUACGCUCAGCAAAUUUCUGAUUUAGCCCAGGAUCAACGUACUUCAGACAGCAUUCGCCGCGCACUGCGAUGCUUGGAAUGCGGCCAACGCACUUUCCGCAUGCUGAUCAAUGUCACAGAACACACCUUGUACGAUAAAAAGAUUACUGAACAGCGUGAGCGUUAUGGUGAGACUUUGCGCGUGCAAUUAGACAGAAAACUAGUAGAGCAAGUGCAGUUUGAGGAAGAUAGAGAAAACAAGCUCAACAUGGCACGAAAGAAGCGUGAAGAAGAGCGCAACAAACUUAAGCAGGCAGAGGCAGAGAGGAUCAGACAGCAACAGCUUGAAAACGAACGCAUGGAGGAGAAUCGUCGUCGUUUGAUGGAAAAGGUCAGAGAAGACAACCUGCUGAUGGCAAGUCAGCAGGUCGAGGACGAUGAUUUUGACGAGGAAAAGAAGGCAAAGAAGCGUGGAAGAAAGAGAAAGGAGAUGGAAGAAGAAGAGGAAGAAAAUGUAGAAGGCGAUGCUGAUAAUGAGUAUCAGAAAAUGUUACAUAAGAAGGACAAGAAGCAAUAUCGAAGCAAGAGAAUCAUUGAAGAUUCUGACGAGGAGGACAACUGA